GCCCUUCUCAAGCUCGGUUUCGUUUCCUGGCGACCCGGGUAGACAGUGCAGCAGUCGCGGCCGUGGUUCCAGCGCGUCCCCUCGUUCGCCCCAGGAGAACCAUGACGGAGCUGUUUACCCUGGCCGAGGAGCUGUCGUGCUCCAUCUGCCUGGAGCCCUUCAAGGAGCCGGUCACCACCCCGUGCGGCCACAACUUCUGCGGGGCGUGCCUGGACGAGACAUGGGCCUCCCUGGGUGCGCCGUACCGGUGCCCGCAGUGCCGCGCCGUCUACCAGGCACGGCCGCAGCUGCGCAAGAACACGGUGCUGUGCGCGGUGGUGGAGCAGUUCCUGCAGGUCGAGCUGGCUCGGGAGGCGCUCCCCGAUGGCUGUACGCCGCCCGCCAGCGCCGCCGCCCCCGCCGAGACCCCCGCCAAGCCCCCCGCCCCGGCUGCCGAGGUGGCCUGCGACCACUGCCUGAAGGAGGCCGCCGUCAAGACGUGCCUCGUGUGCAUGGCCUCCUUCUGCCAGGAGCACCUGCAGCCGCACCUCGACAGCCCAGCCUUCCGGGACCACCCGCUGCAGCCGCCCAUCGGAGACCUGAUACGCCGCAAGUGCCCCCAGCACAACCGGCUGCGGGACUUCUUCUGCCCAGAGCACGGCGAGUGCAUCUGCCACAUCUGCCUGGUGGAGCACAAGAGCUGCUCGCCUGCGCCCCUGAGCCAGGCCAGCGCCGACCUGGAGAACAAGCUGAAGCAUAAGUUGACUGUCAUGUACGGUCAGAUCAAUGGUGCAUCGAGAGCGCUGGAGGAUGUGAGAGCCAGGCAGCAGGAUGUGCGGGAGGCUACACAGAGGAGGAUGGAGCAGCUUAGCCAAGAAUACAUGGAAAUGAAAGCUCUGAUUGAUGCCUCGGAGGCUAAUUCGACACGAAAGAUAAAGGAAGAGGAGAAGAGGGUCAGCAGCAAGUUUGACCACAUCUACCAGGUCCUCCUCAAGAAGAAGAGUGAGAUCCAGAAUCUGAAGGAGGAGACUGAACUUGCCCUGAAUAAGGGGGACGAGUUUGAGUUUCUGGAGAAAGCGGCAAAACUGCAAGGAGUCUCAACGAAGCCAGUCUACGUCCCCAAGGUGGAGCUGAAUCAGGAGCUGAUCAAGGGCGUCUGCCAGGGCACCUUAGACCUCAAAAACGAGCUGAAGCGGUAUAUCCAACAGUCCCAGGACAAGAAGCCCCAUGAGCCCCCUGUCUCAGGGGACCCUGGAGAGCAUGGUGGAGUGUUCCCAUCCAAAACCUCACGCCCUGUGAAGAAGGUCCCAAAAGACGACAAGAAAACCAAGAAACCUGCCCCACCCAGCAAAAUUUCCUUUGGAGCCCCGGAACAGACAAUGGAGUCAAAACAAUCUGGUCCAGAGGCUGGAGCCAAAACCACCACCCCACAGGCGAACUCGGUGUCUCUCAAGGCCAAGGUGCUGGAGGCCUUUCUAGCCAAGUCCAGAUCUGAGCUCCUGGAGUAUGCUGUUAGAGUCAUCCUGGACUACAACACCGCCCACAGCAAGGUGGCUCUGUCAGAGAACUACACCGUAGCUUCUGUGGCUGACGUACCCCAGAGCUACCGGCCCCAUCCUCAGAGGUUCAUGUACUGCUCUCAGGUGCUGGGCUUGCACUGCUACAAGAAAGGGAUCCACUACUGGGAGGUUGAGCUGCAGAAGAACAACUUCUGUGGGGUGGGCAUCUGCUAUGGCAGCAUGCAACGGCAGGGCCCUGAGAGCCGGCUCGGCCGCAACAGCUCCUCCUGGUGCGUGGAGUGGUUCAACACCAAGAUCUCUGCCUGGCACAACAAUGUGGAGAAAACCCUCCCCCCCACCAAGGCCACGCGGGUUGGUGUGCUUCUCAACUGUGACCACGGCUUUGUCAUUUUCUUUGCUGUCACUGACAAGGUCCACCUGAUGUAUAAGUAUAAGGUGGACUUUACCGAAGCUCUGUACCCAGCUUUUUGGGUGUUCUCUGCAGGUGCCACGCUGUCCGUCUGCUCCUCCAAGUAGGCGGGCCAUGGACAAUGUCUCUGGCUGACUACCAGUGGAGUGCCCAAGGCUCUAGUGAAAAUGCUGCAGGUGGAGCUCUCUCAGAGGACUUCCCUGAGAGUCCCUAAGUUGAAAGGAUGGGAGGGGAGUGGGUGGCAGGUGGGAGGGUGGGGAGAUGGGAUAGAGGAGGGAUUUGGCCAAGGCAAGGGGUGGGGUGGCAGUGAUUGUGUUGUGGGUGAGGAAGCAUUUCUACCUCCCGGCGCCCAUCAGGGCAGGGGGACCUCCUCCCUCUUGUUUUGGUAGCUCUCCAGGCUGCUGGGCAGCUGGAUGGGGCUUUUGGGGACAAGUCCUUACUGCCCCUUUCCUCCUGGAGAAAUCUGUAGCCACUGCAGGAUCUUCUUGCGUCCCUUGGUGUAUGUCCGGUGGCUCUCCGGAGUGGCCUUCAGAUUUUCGUGUUUUGAUUACUCUCUAUAGGGCUAUUGAACUCUAUAGAUUUUUUAAAAUUCCACAGUCAUGGGAUUUCAAUGUUAGUCAGCCCCCACUACCCACGUGUCGGGCGUAGGGUGAGCGCUCAGACUCCUGGUUAUUUUCGGUGCUUGAGGGAAACCACCACAGGAGACCCCCUCCCAGACCAGACUCUCCCCCAGAAGCGUGUCCUCCUCCACUGGAAGGCAGGCCUGCUUCCCUGGUCUCCUGCACCCCUCUUCACCCCAGUCGAUGGUUUUGAAAGGUUUAGUCGAACAGGAACCUUUUCAGCCUAAGGCUUCAAAGCAUGAUCUGAAUCAGCCAGUGCUGAAUUUGCGAUUCGAGGUCAAGGUGACCCAGGUCCCGUGUGGACGGAAACCCUUCCCACUCCCCAGUGUCGUGAAAGGCAUAUCCGUAGCCAUCCUCUGGCUGCAGCUCUGGAGCCUGGCGGGAGGCCUCUUCCCAUAGCCUAGGCUUUGGGGCAAGGAAGUCCUCAGGGCAAGAGGGACGCUGACUUAGUUUGAUGGAAUUGUGGUGAUUUUGCUCUUAUUAGAGUGUCUUGCUUUCUUAAUGAUAACCGUCCUUGGUGACAGCCCCUCCUCCCCAGGAUUGUGAGAUGCUGGACUGGCUGGUUAGAUACCACUGUGGCCAACACAGUGGAGUGACAGCUAAGCCCAACAUCAGAACCCUGUUAUCAUGCAGAAAGUCCGUGUAUACCUGCCUUAGGGACAAUCCUAGGUCACCUGCUGGGAUGACAACCUAUGACCAAAAGGGCCUUCUAGCAGAUCUCAUGGGAAAUAGCAACAUUCCUGUUCAUCCUUGGCCACGCACUGCAGACCCAGCACUGGCCCUUGCAUGGGUCCGUCACCGGCUCUAGCCGCUUCUGCUCUCUUCCUUGUCUGAGGCAGUUCCAGAUGGGGGAUUGACCAGGCUAGGGCUCAGGAAGACUUUAAAGACCAGGGAGGGAACAAGCCACAGGGCUCAAGCACAAGGGGCUAUUUUUCCUGCAGUGUUUCUGUGCAGUGAGAAUAACCCCAGUCCACUAAUGGCAGGAGUGAAUGGACCGCUGGAAUUUCCCAAGCUCCUCAUAUCCUGAUAUUGUCAGCAUGUAAGUGGUAGAAAGUCCAAAGUGGUAGAAAUUUUACCUCUUGUGGUGAAAUGAGUCCAGCUCUGGGCUUUCCAAGAGGAGAGCUCAGGUCAGGCUCCUUGUGAUAUGCAAAGGAGGUCAUCACUGGGGAAGGAAGGUGGACCCCAGACCUUCUCACAUGGACUUUCGAGAACGUAACACAUCUCUGGCCUUGUGCUGGAAUUCCAGGGCACGCCAGUCAGUCCAGGAGCUCUUGGCCUUCCUGGCAGAUGUGUUGAUAUGUGUCUUCUCCCAAGGACUUCCACUUCCUUGGGAGAGAGAUCAUCUCUGUAGGGAAGACAUCCCUGCAAGAGCCGAAAUGUGGUUCUUUAAAGUUUUCUUCCUUUGUUACUGGGAAGAGAAUUUCUUUGGGGAUUUUCUCUGCUUUUGGAGAUGAUGAAAAGCAACUUCAUUGAUCUUCUGAAAGAAAAAGCUGUCUGAAGGCACUUUAUACUUGGGAAACAGCCGGGCUUAGAGGAGGAGAGUGCCAAUGACUUAUCCUCGGGUCGUGCCGCGGCUCUCUUCUGCACAAGUAGGGGCCACAGAGAGGCCUCUUGCCUGGUGAACACACAGCUCAGGAUGGGGAAGACUCCUCCUUCUGUUUAUGAGAGGCAGGUAGGUGAUCCAAGCCGAGCUCUGUGACGGGCGCUUUGGAGAUGUCAAUCUAGGAGCGCACCUUGCGUCUCCAGCCUUACAUUCCCUGGCCUUGCAGGGCUGCUGAGUCCUAGAGUGGCAGGAGCCUUUGUAUCCCUCUGAUUUCUCAUUUUGCAGAAUAUGUCAGAUGGGGAGGUAUUGGAUGACUCUGCUCACUGCUCUCCCCAUCCCAUCGUGGAGGAGAUGCCUCCUGGAGUGUGUGAGGGAUCAACCCUGAACCCUGGGGGUGUGUUAGAAAUUCCCAGAAACAGAAACAUAAAAAUACUCUCCAGGUAUUAGGGACUAUCCUAGUCACUCUGACGUGAUAAACCCAAGGUCAGGGUCAAGUUUUUGUGUUAUUUAAGACUUCUUGGUUGGGUCCCCUGUUUUAAUUACUCUGAAAUGGAUCUGUAAUCUGUAACUAAUACUGACAUGGUAUCUCUUACCUAUUCAGCACCCCCCCCCCCCCCCCAUUGAUUUGAAUUAGUUAGGAGUAUUUGAGCUGUUAUUCCUUCCGCUUAUUUUGUUAGAUUUGGUUCUUUAGGAGAUAAUCAGGGCUGUGGACACGAACCUUUGGAAUCCCAUGAGAAAUACCAGGGCGAGGCUGAUGACAUGCCUUAGAAGCCUUGAAUGUAAUCAAGUGGCGCUUGGUGUUCUCUCUGGCAUCGCAGUGCGUGUAGAAAAUGGUACUGAUCUGUAUGCUGGAGUCAGCCAGUGAGGUGCCCACCGUGGGAGGCUGCUGGCCAGGGCCUCUGGAAGCUCACCCCCAGGGAGUUGAGAUUUCAGCGUGCCUAUAGCCCAUGUGAAGACUGCCGUGGGUGCAGCACCCCCUUGGGAAGCUUUUGAUAAAGAAUUCUCAGAAUGAUAGGAUGUCCUUCUGGGCUUUGCUUCAGGAUAAUCUGAGGAUGAGCGGUAUGGAGAAGGGCAGGCGAUAUGCGUGAAAGGGUAAGCCACAUGCAGAUAAUCAGCGAGACACUGAUGGGAAUGUGCGGGUUCAUUAUAUUAUUCUUCCUACUGCUGAUUAUACUUGAGCGUUUCUAUAAUAAAGAUUUUUAAAAAUGAAACAAAAAACCCGCCAAGGCCAGCAAUGGGCCCUGUCCAGUGGAUUUUAUUGCUGUUGAAUAGGGGUAGGAGUUACAGGAGGUGUGGACUUGAGGUUGUUGUAGAAUAAAGAACUCGACCAGCCUUUGUGCUGGGUCCUGGUGGGGAGAUGCUAAAUUCUUGGAAUUUCCCAAGUAAUAGGGGUGUCUGUUAUUCAUGAGCCCCUGGAUCACACUUGAGUUUAGGCCAAGAGGUGAGAUGACUCAGGAUUGGGGCUGGUCACAGAAAGACCAGCCACGAAAUUGGAGGGUUGGGACUCUGAGCCAGCCUGACCACCAGGAAGGAGAGAGGGACUAGAAAUUGAAUCGAAUCCUGUGGCCAGAGAGUCAGUCAGUUAUGCCUAAGUAACCGAAACCCCGACUAAAAUCUCUGGACCCUGAGGCUCCACUGAACACACUGAGGAGCCAGGAAGGUGAUGCACCCUGGUUCCGCAGGGAGAGAGUGUGGAAGCUCUGCAUUUCACUCCCUCCUAGACCUCACUCUAUGUCUGUCCGUUUGGCUGGUCUGAUUUGUAUCCUUUAUAAUAAAACUGUAAUCAUAAAUAUAGUGCUUUUCUGA